GAAGAGUCAGACGCUGUUCUUCUGAAGUUUAACAACUUUUCUGCAUCAGAAUGAAAAUCCUCCAUUUUCUCUUCUUCUGCUUCUUGUCAGGUCCAGCUGGGCUCGUCAAGGCAAAACAUAAUAUUUGGUCUGCAGCUGAAGGAUUUAAUGGCACGCUUAACUGCAACUUAUCUUUGUCUGGAAGCACAAAGUUCUUCUGUAAGGAAAAAUGUGAGCGAGCAGAAGAUAUCCUCAUUAAAACAGAUGAAAGCACAGCUCAGAGUGGGAGAUUCAGCAUGAAGUAUAAAGAUGGAUCUCCAAGAAGAGGAAUUGUGCUUUUAAGCUUCUCACAAAUGAUCAAGUCUGAUUCAGGAAUGUACAGGUGUGGUUUGGGAAGAUCUUCUGUUCCAGAUUCAUACUUUGACUUUGAGGUCAGAGUUUCAAAUGAUCUGGAUAAAAACGUUGGUUUUUAUCGCACACAAACUGAGGGAGAAAAGAUCACAUUGGUAUGUUCCAACAACACAUAUGGACACAGGAAGUUCUUCUGUAAGAGUGAGUGUAAGAAUGAAGGGGAGAUCCUCAUUGACACAACUAAUAACAAAUCUGAGAGUGGCAGAUACAGCAUUGAACACAGACCAGGAUCUGUGUACGGACUGUAUGCAACCAUCACACAGUCGUCCAAGUCAGACACCGGAAAGUACAUCUGUGGUUAUGGAAACCCUCUGUCUCCUGAUUCAUAUGCGAAUGAAUAUGUUCUUGUCAUUGAUGAUUCAAACCCACCUACUUCCACUCUACAGACAGCAACAACACAGAGUGAAAGUGUCACUCCAGGAGUCUCUACACAUUGUCCUGACUCCUCCUGGCUUCUGGUUGUGCGUGCGUCCUUGGAUGGUGUUUUGCUGAUAGCUGUUUUCCUCAUGCUCUUCUACAUUAGUAAGACAAGGAGGAACUUUGGACUGAACACCAGAGAAAAUGACAUAAAGAUGGAGUUAUCUGUAACACAUGAGAACUGGGAUCCAACUUCCAAACACAAAGAGUCCAAAAGCAGCAGGACCAAACCCACUCUGCAUUAUUAAAGACCAAAAUCUAACAAGUAAAAAUGAAUUUUGAUAUUUUUGGACCUGUAUCUGAGAUUUCAUGAUCACCUCCAUAUAAUUUGCUUCACUAUGAUUCAUUUUGUUCCUGUUAUUCAAAUGCAUACAUGUACAUUGAUGUACUUCAUUGCAGAGGUGGGAAGUAACAAAGUACAAAUACUGUACUGUACAGUUUUCAGGUAUCUGUACUGGAUUUGUUUUUCUUUUGUACUUUUUAAUUUACUCCCUACAUAUUUAAACAAAUAUCUGUUCUUUCUACUUCUUACAUUUUCAAAACAGGCUUUUUACUUUUGCUUUAACACAUUUCAGGAGAGUUAUUAUUUUGUCACUUCCUCCAAACAUCACACAGAUUUGAGCCUAAACAGAAACACAUGAAAGGCAGUCCUGUUCAUUUAGUAAUUAGCAGCAGAUGUCGCAUGAAAGGAGAUGUGUGCCAAAGUCAGGGGUUAAACAUGGGACAGUGUUUUUUGUUUUUUUGAGGGGUUUUAUGUCACAACACACUGGAACGACUGCAGGUGUCCAUAAGUUGUGGUACUUCAGCAGCAUGAGCUACUGAAGAGGAGCAAACAGAAAAGGAGUAACUGUUUUAACUGUCAUGUAAUUUCAAAUGCAACGUUUCUAUAAUGUCAACAAACAUCAGCAAAUACACAAACUGGUGAAGCUGCUGUGUUUCACAGGAAGAGAAAAGAAAGAGCUAACUUCACUCAGAGAAGGAAAAAGAUAACAAAGAGGACAGGAGAGGAUUUAAAGGGAAGGACUGCUAAGUGGAAUUUGAUAACCUGGAAAUGUAAAGCUCAUGUUUGUAAGUUACACAUUGGUUGAGUUCAUGUUACAUUAUGUGUGAAACAUGGUGCAAAACAAACUGAGCCACACUGUGUUAUUUGAAGGUUGCAUGUUAGUGCAGGAUAAACAGGUUAGUUUGCUGUGCUGUAAAUGAUUAAAGUAAAGAACAGUGUGGAACUGCUGCACAGUGGCUGUGGUUUCAUGCUCAGAGUAAGGUUACAUCAAGUGUGGCAGUCUUAGCUGAUGAUGCUUAUGACUUAUAAAAUGACUUUUAUAAGUCAUUUUUUUCCAAAUUAUUUCCUAUUGAUGGUCUUUUUAUAACUAAAUAUGUUGUUAAAGUACAUUUUUUAGAAGUUGGGUAAUUAGUGGUACGGUAGAGUACUAAGGUCACAUUAAUGAAAGGAAGGAGAUUUACCUCAAAAUAGUGUUUUGAGAGAAGUCGAAAUGUGGAGAUUACAGUUGUUAUUUCAAGCCAGACAAAUGCCACAGCAGCUACACCCUCACAAAAUGCCUCAGUGAAACAAAUCAACUUUAAUUGAAGCUUCAGUGGCAGAAAGGAUCGCCACAGAGGAGGAGGAGGAGGGGGUUUCUAGGCGGGUCUCGUUUAAAAGACCCGCCUAGACUCAAAAUCAUACAUUGAUUUUGAGCCUGUGAGGGGUUGUUAGACCCCUCACAGGCUGCAUGCUUGUGAUACAGCGGUGAUCAUUUCAAAGAAUUUAAAGGAUGAGCUCAAUAAUAAUUUCUAAGAAUCUUCUAAUCAAAGCUCAAACUGUUGAUUUUGAGCCUGUGAGGGGUUUUUAGACCCCUCACAGGAUGCAUGCUUGUGAUACAGCAUGCAUCCUCUUCAUUGCACAAGGGUGUAAACAUUGAUAUCCUUGCUUCUUCCCUGCCAGACAUUUCAUUUUAUACAAAUCCAGCUAACAAAUUUGUGUCUUUUUCCCCCUUCUGACCUGAUGCAGAAAGAGGCAUUUAUGUGGCCUCUACUAAUUUCAAUUUUAUAUAUUAAUCACAGUGAAAGUGUGUGUGUGUCCUCCCAUGCUCAGAAGUCUGGGCGCUUAAGUUAAUUUGCCAAGUUUGAAUUAGCAACUAAGGAAGAACAAACUUGGAGUGCUUGAUGUUUCUCUGCUUGCACUGAGAUCCACAUCCUUGAAAUGAAAAAAGAAAAGAAAAAAAGUUAAUUGUACUCUAUAUCUGUUACUCAUAUGUAACAGAUAUAUAUGAAGUCCAUGUUUAGCAGCUGGGGGAGCGCUUUCACUCUGUGGGAUAUUUCCAUCUGCCUGCAGAGAGCUCUGUUGUCACAGAGGGUGGACGGGGAGAAAAAGUCAGACCUGGUAUUUUUGGCACUGUUUCUGGUUCUUCUGUUGAAGGUGCAGCUGCUACGAUGCCGAGUAGACUGACACAUUUUACUGAUUCUUUUUCUUGACUCUUUCUUCCCCACUUUCUUUUCAGCUUUUCAGCUCCACCUUUUUUUCACUUUUUCAUAUCUCUGUUUCAUCAACCACUUGUUCCGUAUUAAACUCUGAUGUUGCUUUAAGACAUUUAAAGAAAUAAUACCAAACAAAAGUGAAACUGAGUGUGAAAAAGCUUCAGUGCUGUCACUUCUGUGCUUUACAUGCUGCAUCCUGUUGUGUCCACAUUUUUGAAAGAUGUCAAAGUUUGCAUGAUGGUGGAUAAAAACAAAGCUGGAGCUGAUUUAAUUUUGGUGCAAAAUUGGAACAAAUGUUGUCGUCAGUGUUGGAGAAGUGAAGGCACAAAGCAGAAAGAUGUCCCAGGUAUGAGGAACGAGCUUCAUAGUACAGAUCCCAGGAACACGUGAUGAGACAUGAUGAUCCAAGUCAAGGUUUUGUUAUUGUGUCUAAAUAAGAGUGAAGUGAGGUGGAGACACUCUGUAUAACUGUGUUUAA